AUGCCUCGGCGGUUAAGAUGGAUUCUUCCAGCUAUUCGAUUCGCUAACGGCUCGCGGCAAUCUUAUAAAAUCUCAAGUUCAGACUCAGACUUGGAGGAAAAAAGACUUGAACAACCAGAUCUAUAUGGCGCCCUAUGGUCGACUGGCUUGCUUGAUUCAAGCAACAAGCGAUUGAACGAGCCAAAAUUGUUAGAACUGUCAGAUGACAUUCGGUCCCACCUUGUUGAGGAUGCUUCGCUAGGUCCCAGGGCCGGAGUCGUCAAGAGAGCUCUUCGCGAGUUGGUGAGAGACGAGAGCAGUAUCAUGCCAACCAUGGAUUUUGCGAUAAUCCAGAAUGCUCGACUGGAUAAGCUUCUCUCUGAUAUACUGACGUUGGGGCAUCAGCAAGCCUCGUCCCAUCCCCGACCUCGGAUUGAUAUAGUCAUGGCUGAGAGACUGCAGAGGCUAUGGAUGGCCAGAUUUCGCGAAAAAUACUUCAACAUUGAUCAGAUCCGACAUCAAAAUUUGUCAAGCACUGGACCCUGUCGGAGCUUGAGUGGAAUCUCCAGUUCAAACCAGGGCAUUAGUGGCUAA